AUAGAUAAUAGAGUCGCCACAUUCAGUGGGUAUAAAAAGCCUGUGUUCGUCAGAUUAAAACCACACAUUGUAAAUUAACCAACGGAAGCAAGAUGUUCAAGCUGUCCCUUUGCCUUAUUGCUGCUCUGGUCGUUUGCGCCCAAGCAAACUAUAAUACUGAUGUGUUGAGAUCAGAAUCGGAAGUUAAUGUUGACAGUUUCAAUAUCGUCCAAGAGUUGGCUGAUGGCCAAAAACAACUACAGAAAGGACAGCUGAAGAGUGUAGGCGAGGAACAAGCCCUUGUCCAACAAGGAGAAUUCGGCUGGACCGCUCCAGAAGGAAACCCAAUUUCAGUCAGCUACGUUGCUGAUGAGAAUGGAUAUCAACCUGUUGCCGAGCAUUUGCCCACACCUCCUCCAAUUCCUGCUCACAUCUUGAAGGCAAUUGAAUACAUUCAGACCCACCCAUCAAAAGAAUAGAUAUAUUUACUUACUAUAGUAAAAACAAGCUAAAAUUAUAAAAAAAAAA